AUGGAGGCCAAAUUCAAGCAAGAAAUCCAGCAGCUGAAGACCGCAAACGAUCUUGCCAGCCGUCGCGGCUCCCGCGUGUUCUCCAACAACGACCUUAUCUUUCAGUUCCGCCACGACACCGCCCGCGUAGAACGUCUGCGCACCUUUCUCACCUGGAAAGCCAUCCGCAAGACCGUCAAAGAUUCGGACGACAAGGAGGGCUUCGUCGAUGAAGCAGACAUGGAAGAAGCCGCGCCUACUGAAGAGACCCCCGCAGCCAAAGGCAAGUUCCCCACCGUCUCCCUUCCGUGGGAUGUGUCUUCGUUCUUCUCCGAGCAGGUCGCAGAGGCGCCGGAGGACAUCACCGACAUCACCAGCAGUGAGGCCGCACUGGAGAAGUUGCGCAAGAACGACGAGCGGACGAGGGACAUGACCGUCGCCGAGUAUGCCACUUGGUCCGAGUACCGCCACGCAUCGCUUACCUACCGCAAGGCCAAGCGCUUCAGGGACUGGUGUGGGCUGGGGGUCAUCGCGGAGAACAAGCCUAACGACGAUGUCAUGGAUAUCCUGGGCUUCUUGACUUCCGAGAUGGUGCAAAGCCUUACAGCCGAGGCGUUGAAGGUGCAGGCCCAGGAGCUAGCGUAUCUCGAUGGCCAAGUCGGUGCCGAGAGAGUGCAGAAGCGGCAAAGGGGCUUGUUUUCGGAACUUGAAGGGGCGAGAAAGCCGGUUGAGUUGAGACAUGUGAGGAUGGCUUUUCAAAGGUUGCAAGGACGGCCGAAGAAGAGUCGAGCGUUGUUGAAUGGGACAAGACUUGCGUGGAAAUCUGGACUGAAGCUGCUUUAA